GGAGGACAUUCGAUGAAAUAUGGAGAUUAAGGAUGUAAUCUCAGUUUCUGUCAGUUUAUGAGGGAAGCGCAGUCUUCGAUCUCUUUCUUUCCGAUAAAGCCAAUGUCAGAGAUAAUUAGUCAUUCUUUUUCUUCUUCAUAAGUGUGAUUAUAAGGUUUCUAAAAUGCAGAAACCUACCAGCGCUCGCUCGGAGUUUAUCGUUGGAGGGAAAUAUAAAUUGCAGCAGAAAAUAGGCAGCGGGUCUUUUGGUGAUAUCUACAAAGGAUUGAAUAUUACAAAUGGCGAGGAUGUGGCAGUUAAACUUGAAUCCCAAAAAGCAAGACAUCCACAACUGUUGUAUGAGUCUAAGCUCUAUAAGAUAUUACAAGGAGGAAAUGGUAUUCCUAAAUUUAGAUGGUAUGGUCAAGAGAGAGAUUACAAUGUGUUAGUGAUGGAUUUGUUAGGACCCAGCUUAGAAGACCUUUUUAAUUUCUGCAAUAGGAAGUUUACAAUGAAAACAGUUCUCAUGUUAGCUGACCAGGUUGGUCUUACAAGACAUUUCCUACCAUAUUUAACAACUAUUCAUCUAAGGCAAAGUAAAUAUUGUUGGGAAAGCCCUGGAAAUGAUGUCAAGGGGACACUGUUUUCUCUCCACAACAGACGCCGAGAUGACAUGGAAUCACUAGGAUAUGUAUUAAUGUACUUUGCCAGGAGCAGCCUUCCUUGGCAAGGACUUAAGGCUGCUACAAAGAAACAGAAGUAUGAAAGAAUAAGUGAAAAAAAGAUGUCCACACCAGUUGAGGUUCUUUGUAAAGGUUUUCCUGCAGAGUUUGCCAUGUAUUUAAACUAUUGCAGAGGAUUAAAAUUUGAAGAGGCACCAGAUUACAUGUAUCUUCGCCAACUGUACAGAAUUCUGUUCAGGACAUUGAACCACCAGUAUGACUACACAUUUGAUUGGACACUUCUGAAACAGAAUGUAGGCCAACAAUCUGCUGUUCCAAUGAGUGCAGGGGCUACAGCUCUACCAGGAACAGCCCCACCACAAACAACCAGUGCAAGACAUAAACAACGCACACAACAAAGAAGAUAGGUGCACAUCAUUAAUUUGCAUUUGAAUUUCUAAACUGAAAAAACAUCUCAUUUUAAAAUGAAGGAAAAGUGGGAAUGAGUGAUUAAGUGAUGAGUAGAUAAAUUGUACACAAGCGGUGGCAUUUGGAUCCAUGAGUGAUACAGUAUCACCUUUAAUUCACUUUACAAAAGUAAUGUAUAUCUUCAUAGCAUCCUGUUAAGUUAAUUUCUUUUGUAACUUCUAACAUUUUAUAGCAAGUGUCCUAUUAUUUAAAGAUAGCUUUGAGAAACUAGUGUUGGUAAUGAAUUAAAUACUGUUUUGUACUCAGUUUCUUUGAACCUAUCCUUCACCAAAAACAAACAGAACAUGUUGAAGUCUGACUUCAUUUUCCCUACUCUUAAACUUGAACCAUGCCAAGCGGGCUUAACAAGUAUAUCACGACUAAAGCUGUGGAAACUAAGUAGACCUAGUCUUAGUUAUAAAAUGAAAAAUUUCUAAUCAAACAUGUUAAACUUGUGAAUUCCACAUAGCAGAAAAGUUCAUCCAAUUUGACUUCAAAAUUUACCCUAUGACUACUUUUGUCUAAGGUAAAGUUAUCAUUGUAGAGACAGAUGUAUUUUAGAAUGAUCUUGUGGUGGUUCAUCAGUUGAGUUAUGUCCCCAAGUUUGUUGACCACGCAACACCAAAAAAUAUUUUCCAGAAAUCGCACCUCAAUUUUUUUGCCUAGUUGACUUUUAACUUCGGAAAUCUAAUUCCACUCUUUAACAUUUGCUGUUUUGUCAUCACGUUUAACACGUACGUUCUGCCAACCUGAGCUUAAGUUAUUAAUGUUAAAGUUUUAAACAAACUCAGCCCUUCUCUUUAUAACACUUAUCUAAUUCUGUGUGUUUACUGCUUUUCCAUCAAACCAAUUUCCCCUAACCAAAAGAGCAGAAACAUCCAGUCCUUAACUUAUUCUAUGUUUCUUGGUAAAGAUAUCCAUCAAAAAUAAAAAAAUAUCAACCUCUUAGCUUUCCUCUAUAUGUUGUUUGGAGCUCUACAUGAGAGAAUAAGUUGCCCGCCACAAGAACUACUCCAAAAGUCCAUACUUGAAUGGUCUACAUGUUUUAUCCACAAUUUUUUUUUUUCGCUUGUGAGAAUAGCAACCCUGGAUUUCAAAUGAUAUUUAGUGCGUUAGUAAUUUAGGUCGUAGUGCAUGUACAGUUAUAGAAUAGUAUAUUCAAGUUCUUUGUAGCCUGGGGAUAACACACAGAUGUUUGCGUGUGCUGCACAAUGCAGAAGCAACAAUUUUUAUUUUGGUUGUUUUAUUAUUAACUUUGUUUUGGGUGAAAAUGAUUUGAAUGAACAGUCAGAAAACGUUAUCGGAUUGAAUUUGUUUCACUUUGUAUUUAUUGUAAAGUUAGUUUUGAGAGUGGUAAGACUUAGAUAACUCUUUAACUCCCAUGGGUGAACAAGAUUGAAUUUCCUCUCACCGUUAUCAGUACAAUAUCGAGCACAACAGUGAUGGGAAUAAAGAAAAACAUCAAUCUAGGGAUUAUUGGUUGAUCCAAUACCGAGUUCUCAGAACUAACAUCAUAAGAAUUGUAUGACAGGCUGUAAGGAGAAUUACUUAUGAGAUCUUGGGAGUGAAAGGGUUACCAGCUAAAGUUGAUUAUAAUCGUAAAGCAAGGAGUUUGUAAAAAGUUAUUGAACUUAAAUUAGCUUGAAAAAUAUGCAAAGAAACUUUUAAAUCGUGCUAAAUAUAUGAACAUUGAUCUUAUUUUUUGGUGAAAAUGUAAAACCACUAGUUUUGUACUUAAACGAGUUGUUUUCGUUAAAGUUUCUUCCAUCGCCGCAUUCAGAGUCAUAAACACCUUAUUCUGUAGUUGGCUUAGUAGAUCUACGUUGUUUUCCGCUCAUAUAUCACUGUACAUCUUGUUUUUGUCAACUAUUAGCAGUCAGUCAGAUUAUUUUAUGAUGCUAACCUAACGAAGACGGACAUUGUAAAUAUUGCCUUCCACACAAAAAUGAAACGUAACUUGAAGAGUAAAUAAAGUUCCCGUUUUUAA